CCAAUUCCCCCCCAAUAUAAAAUGGCGGCUCCGGUUCGGGUCCGGGUCCCUCCCGGGGCUCCCCCGGAGCCGCUCCCGGUUCAGCUCCUGCCCUGCCGCAUCCAGCACGACGGGCCCGCGCCUGUGGCCGCGUUCCUGCAGGCCCGGACCGGCCCCGACGGCGAUCUGUGGGCCUCGUUCCGGGGGCGCCGUUUGGGGGGUCGGGAGCUGCCGCUGCCCCCCGGAUACACGGGGGCCGUGCUGAGGGGGGGGGAGCCCGGAGAGACCCCGCUGGGGGACCCCCAGGUCAGGUCGGUGACGGUGACGGGGACGUUCGGGGCCAUCACGGACUGGGGGGGUGACACCGUGCCCCCCCCGGGGCGGGGCCUGGCCCGGGCCCUGCAGUGGGGACCCCUGGCCCGGAGCCUCCACGCCCCUGUGACCGAGGACAGCGAUGAGGAGGCGGAGCCAUGAGAGGCCACGCCCAGAUGGGGUGGUGCCUGAACAAGCCACGCCUCUCCCAUGACACCAGUGGACCAACUGCAGCCACGCCCAGAAUGGGCAAGGCCUUAAAGCCACACCCACCUCCUUAACAUCACUGACCACACCCAGUGGGUGGGGUUUAUUUAAUGAGAGUGCCUGGAGCCUCUCCCAGUGUGGGUGGAGCCUGUGGAGGCCCCACCUACUUUAUUUAAAAUAACAAAUAUGUUCAUAGGAGGCUCCGCCCACAAAUGAUGCCACUCCUGCAAUGGGUGGAGCCUCCAAAAGCCACACCCACAAGCGAUGCCAUGCCCACAAAUGGGAGGAGCGUUCCAAAGCCACACCCACACCACCACUCCUGCAGUGGGCGUGUCCUGAUUAAGCCCAGCCCCCUUUUAUGGUCAAUAAAGGAUUUGCAGCGCCA